GCAGCAGCAGUGCUUCGGUGUGAGGCAGAGUACAGCGGGGAAACCUCCAUCUACUCUCACUGUCGGGCUGUUUUUAUCACCACUGAGGAAACGCCUCGCUCCCUGACCUUACUGUUUCAGAUUUAUGCUGCGUGGGAAAGAAAUCUGAUCGGGCUCUUUGUAAACAUACAGAGGAGAUAAACGGAGGUCUGCGGUCUGCAGCACAACAUAUCAUCUGAAAACAGGAGGAGAACCCAACGCCCUUCCCAGACCGACCAUGCAUACCUGCCUGGGCUGAUGUGUAAUGGAGAUCAAGGAUGCUUUUAUGGGUUUGCAUGGAUAAGUAUGGACCAUUGACACAUUGAGGUGCCUCUCCUGUGCAUGUUUUUUGGAUCGCUUUACGGGAUCAUAACCUGGUGGUUUUUCCUUCAGUCUCCAAGUCAUCAAGUUUGGAAGCUAAAUAACCAAUGAAUCGGGAGCCUGGAAGCCUCAAGCUGGGCUUCAGAUGCUUGUAGAUGCAAGGUUGCUAUGUGAUUUAUUGAUUGUUAUACAUUCAUCAUAAGAUGGGGAACGGUUUCUCCAACAUUGCUGCAUUCCAGUCCCUGCAUAUUGUGAUGCUCGGAUUGGAUUCGGCCGGUAAAACCACUGUACUCUAUCGGUUAAAGUUCAACGAAUUCGUCAACACCGUUCCAACCAUUGGCUUCAACACUGAGAAGAUCAAACUCAGCAAUGGCACCGCCAAAGGCAUCAGCUGUCACUUCUGGGACGUCGGUGGGCAGGAGAAGUUAAGACCCUUGUGGAAAUCCUACAGCCGCUGUACGGACGGUAUUAUUUACGUGGUGGACUCUGUAGAUGUCGACCGACUUGAGGAAGCCAAGACGGAGCUGCAUAAAGUCACCAAAUUCGCAGAAAACCAAGGAACUCCUCUGCUGGUGAUCGCCAACAAGCAGGACCUCCCUAAAUCCCUGACGGUCACCGAGAUCGAGAAACACCUGGCCCUCCAUGAACUGAGUCCCUCCACCACAUACCACGUCCAACCGGCCUGCGCCAUCAUUGGCGAGGGUCUCCAUGAAGGAAUGGACAAACUAUAUGAGAUGAUCGUCAAACGAAGGAAAUCUCUUAAACAGAAGAAGAAACGAUAGACAAUUACAGAUUUGUAGAGACUUUAAAGGGAUAGUUCACCCAAAAAUGACAACUAUGUCAUCAUUUACUCACCUCAUG